AUGGCCAAGCCAUUAAUUUCCUCCACGUUCCUCUCUUUCCCAAAACUACUACUAUGGAGUCUUCCUUUGCUGUUUAUUCUGAUCUACACUUACCUCGGCGGUGGACCAGGCCUCAAAUUCAGCACACUCGUUUCUUUCAUCUCGCCGGUUGAGCAAGCUGUCACCUCCACGGUUCCCACGAAGCAUGGUUCAUCUUUCUCUCCAGACUAUAGCCUACGGGUUACUGAACAGCCAUUUACGCUAUCAUGCAUCACAAAAGAUAAAGUUAUUUUGGUUAAUGGUACCUCACCGGGGCCUGGACUUCGACUGACUGAGGGGAAUAUCUACUGGAUAAGGGUCUUUAAUGAUAUGAACGAUAAGAAUUUGACAAUGGCACUUGAUUCUCAUUGGCAUGGACUGAGCAUGGCAGCUUCGCCAUUCAGUGAUGGGACCCCAGGCGCAUCACAAUGGCCCAUCCCACCAAAUCACUACUUUGAUUACGAGUUGGAUAUUGUUUCUGGAACUGCAGGAACUUACUUCUAUCAUUCUCAUGUUGGCUUUCAGGCUGUCACAGCCGCAGGGCCCCUGAUUGUCGAAGAAGCUGGGAAGCCGCCGUUUAAGUAUGAUGAGGACAGAAUCAUCGCCUUAUCAGAUGUUUUCGAUAAAUCAGACUCGGAUAUCGAAGAAGGUCUGAUUGGGAACCCUUUUCAAUGGAGUGGAGAGACAGCCAACAUCCUCGUCAAUGGCCAAGGGCAACUUCAUGGCAGUACCACAUCAGCGAACUGUGAACUCGCUACGAUCAACGUUGAGCCGGAGAAGACUUACCGCUUUAGGUUCAUUGGGGGCACUGCUCUUUCCUUUGUAUCCCUUGCGUUUGAAGAUCAUGAGAUGACCCUAAUUGAGGCGGAUGGGAAUUACGUGAAGCCGAUUGAUAUUUCCUAUCUCCAGAUUGGAAGUGGCCAAAGAUUCAGUGUGCUCGUCAAAACGAAACGACGAAGUGACCUGUCAAAGUCCCAAUUCUUCCUGCAGGUGGAGACUCGAGACCGGCCAUCUCUCACACGCUCCUACGCAGUUUUAGAAUACCAACUCGCCAAUUCAAAACGAACACCACGCCCAAAGCCAUCAUCUCUUACGCUACCAACCGGAGUACCACCCCUCACGCUUCCUGCAAACACUUUCGGAUGGCUUGACUACAAGCUCCUAGCCCUCACUCCGAAUCCAGACUUUCCUAAGACCUCCGAAGUGACUCGCCGAAUCACCGUCCGCACGCAUCAGAUCAUAGGCAACGGCUCAAUAAUGUGGGCUCAAGACGACAGCCCGUGGAUAGAAUCCUUCCCCCGCGAACCCUACCUCGUCUCCCUAUACAAGAACGACAACAUGGAAUUCCCCUCUCUCGACCGCGCAACCGCCCAUGAGGGCAUCGAUCCCAUCACUCGAGUCUUCCCUGCCGCGAUCGGCGAAGUUAUUGAGAUUAUUAUCCAAAACACUGGCUCAGAUGUUGGGAGCGUCGAUGUGCACCCUUUCCACGCCCACGGUGCACAUUACUAUGACCUUGGCUCUGGAAACGGCACGUAUGAUCCGGUGGCUAAUGAAGAGCUUAUUGGGGGGUUGAGUUUGGCGCAACGGGAUACGACGAUGUUGUAUAAAUACGCCGAGAAAACAACGCCGGGAAUUGAUAUGGGAUGGCGCGCGUGGCGGUUGCGCGUUACGGAGCCGGGGGUGUGGAUGAUUCAUUGUCAUAUUUUGCAGCAUAUGGUUAUGGGGAUGCAAACCGUAUGGGUAAUGGGCAAUGAAACAGAGGUAUUAAAUGUUCCCCUGGAGCAUAUUCAGGGGUAUCUGGACUACGGCGGCAGCGUUAACGGCAACGAUACGCAUAAUCCGCACGUCGUACAUUUUGCCGGUGGCGAUGCUUGA